AAGGACCAAAAACAUAACUAUUAGACAAUAUAAAUAACAAGAGAGGUGGAGUUUAGAUGGUUUGAUUCUACUGUAACGAUAUUUGAAAAAACUAGCCACUUGAAACAGUAGCACCACAGCAGAAGAUAACUAAACAAAACGCCGUCGUUUUAGAUCUCCGUUAGAACGAACAUUCUGGAAACCGGAAAAAUGGAGAAGAAGACGCCGGUGAGAAAACCUCACACUUCCACCGCAGAUCUGUUGACCUGGUCGGAAAAUCCUCCCGCCGAUUCACUUUCCGGCUCUGCUCCUCGAUCAUCCGCCCGUUCUCACAUGCCGUCGGAUGGAAUCAGUAAGGUCGUGUUUGGAGGUCAGGUUACUGAUGAAGAAGUUGAGAGUUUGAACAAAAGGAAACCUGUUUCAGGAUACAAGUUAAAGGAGAUCACCGGAAGCGGUAUAUUUGCAGCCGGUGGAGAGAAUGGUGAAGAAGACACUGAUGCUGCAAACGGCACCCCGUCAAACCCAACAGGCGUUCGGAUGUAUCAGCAAGCGGUUGCGGGGAUUAGUCACAUAUCAUUUGGCGAAGAGGAAACCGUCUCUCCUAAAAAGUCAAUCUCUGAAGCUAAGCAACGUGAGCUAAGUGGAACGCUGGAUAGUGAAUCCGAAGCGAGGUUGAAAAAGCAGAUUUCCGAUGCGAAGAACAAGGAACUUAGUGGACAUAAUAUAUUUGCACCACCACCCGAAAUUCAACCCCGCCCAUUGGCUGCUCGUGCAUUGGCUCUGAGGGAAUCUAUAACCAUUGGUGAAACCGCUCCAGAUACCGAAGAAUCCGUGAUCAAGACCGCAAAAAAGAUCCCAAACCAAAAACUAACGGAGCUGUCAGGGAAUAACAUUUUCAAAGGAGACGAGGCGGUGCCAUGUGCGGAGAAACCAUUGAGUUCCGCCAAGCUUCGGGAAAUGAGCGGCAGCAAUAUUUUUGCUGAUGGGAAGGCGGAGUCCCGAGACUACUUAGGCGGCGUUCGCAAGCCCCCGGGUGGUGAGAGCAGUAUCGCAUUGGUGUAAUUGGUUUUUACUUUUUUUUCCCUUCUAAUAUUUAAUUGUGGGAUGUUGAUGUUUGGAGUUGGUUUUGUUUAUAAUCAAGUGUUUUGUUCUCUGAUUGAAUUUGACUUUUUUUUUUUUUU